CGCGGCGGCGCUCGCUCGGUCACGCUCGUUCACUUCAGGUCGGGACUCCCGUGAAGGAACCGGAGAGAAACGUUACCGGAGCUCCGCUCACAACUCUGUGGGAAAAAGCGUGGAAUCACCGGGACACACGCACGCAACGCGGGAGCCGUGGAAGACAUUUACACCGGAAGCAGAUUAAAUCGCUGGACACUCUUCUCUGUGUGUGUGUGCGUGUGUUUUCCUUUGGAAAACCAAACACACACAUACAUACACGUAGGAUACGCACGCGCGCGCACGGUCACAGGUUGCUAGCGGAGUUAACGCUAACCGAGCUAGCCACGUUAGCUUAAUCCCGCGCUAGCCGUAUUUUGUCUGUUUUGUCUUCGACUGAAAACAAAAACAUAACAACAGCAACAUCAACGUGGAUUGAAGUCACAGGAACCGUGGCACAUUUCCACCCGGCGUGAGUCAUGACGUGGUGUUUUGCGGGACGUGUGUCGCGUUGGCCGGCUGCUAGCAUCGGCUGACAACAUGGAUGAUUUUUGUUUUAAACUCUUCUUCAGAGUUUUUUUUCUUCGCUGCUGAUUGUGUUUGUUAUUACCGUGAACUUUAACCUCAGGCUGUUUUAAAACCCAUUGAUUCUUCUGCUGGAGGUUUUUUUCCCUCUAAACUUGGCUGGAAAGAAAAAAAAAAAGGAAAGAAACGAGAGGAGAAGAGGAAAGUUGGAAGUGUUGGGAAGUUUUUCCAAGCUUGUGGAAAAAUGGAUGCGGGAAUAGAGAAGGAAUGCGGCGCUCUGGGAGGGCUUUUUCAGCUCAUCAUGAACGACAUGAAGGCCAGUUAUCCUACAUGGGAGGAUUUUUUAUCCAAAGGAGCCAAGUUACAGUCACAGCUCAGGACGACCAUCGUGGUAACAGGAGCUUUUCUGGACGCUUUUCAGAAGGUGGCAGACAUGGCAACCGGGACCAGAGGAGCCACAAAGGAGAUCGGCUCAGCGCUGACCAGGAUGUGCAUGAGACACCGCAGCAUCGAGUCCAAACUCAAACUGUUUACAACAGCUCUGUCAGAGAGUCUCAUCACGCCACUGGAGCUGAAGAUGGAGGAGUGGAAAAAAGUGGCCAGUCAGCUGGACAAAGAUCACGCCAAAGAGUAUAAGAAAGUGAGAGCGGACAUCAAGAAGAAAUCAUCAGACACCAUCAAACUGCAGAAGAAGGUGAAAAAAGGGAAGGACGAGGCGCGGGGACAGCUGGACAGUGCACUGCAGGACGUCAACGUGCGUUACGCCGUCCUGGAGGACACAGAGAAGCGAGCUGUGUGCAGGGCGCUCAUAGAGGAGAGAGCGCGGUACUGCACCCUCGUCACCAUGCUGAAGCCUGUACUGGACCAUGAGAUGAACAUGCUGGGUGAGGUCACACACCUACAGUCCAUCCUGGGUGACCUGGUGACCCUGACAGCUGAGCCCAACAAACUCCCACCAGCCAGUGAGCAGGUGAUUUUGGACCUAAAAGGUUCUGAUUUCAACUACACGUACCAGACGCCUCCAGCUUCUCCAAGUAACUCACUGUCCAGGAAGAGCAGCAUCAGCAGUAACUAUCAGUGUGGAUCAGUGAGACAUGUCCCCUCUUUGGACUCUAUCAGCUCUGCUGUGGAUGGAGUCCACAUCCAGGAUCCAGUCGGCUCCUCCGCUCACCAGAUGGCAGCAGGGGGCAGCAGAGGGCCAGAGAACGGCCUGCUGCCCCCCCCACACAACAUCUACACACAGCACGGAGAGAGAGCACGAGCCAUGUCGGCGUCUGGGAAGUCCUGCUCGGCUCGGGACCAGCUGGCGUUGACGUUGGGUGCGUUGAAUUCGGACGCCCCGAGGAACAGCAGGGACUCUCUGCACUGCUCCAGCGGCUACAGCACGCAGACCACCACGCCGUCCUGCUCCGAGGACACCAUCCACUCACACACUGUAAAGAGAGACCCUCCCCUCUAUGUCGACUACGAGUCCAUCUCCCUCCACGGAGACGCCGACUCCGUCUCGCUGCAUCGCCUGUCGCACGGAAACAGCCGAUCCGACUUUGACAAGUCCUCGACCAUGCCGAGGAACUCGGACCUCGCUCUGCAGUACAGGAAGUUUGCUCAGUCCAAACGCCCCGCCUCCACCGUCAGCCUGUUGGCCGAGUCGGAUUUCAUGGGCGGCUCCGUUCGCCAGCUGCCGUCCCACACUGCGACCAUCAGGCGCAAACCGUCAUCCAAGCCCGGGUAUCGCCGCGGAACCAUCAGCGGCGUUCCCAUCCCCAUCUGCACGCCGCAGGUCCCGCUCAAAGCCCUCGCAGGGAGUGGCGGCAGCGAUGAGAAUGUUUUUGCAGUGCCCCCUGCUGGAGGAACAGGAGGCUUAGGUCACAGUAAACUCUGCACUUCCACGCAGAGCCUCAGCGCCUUACCCCCCCCCUCCUCCUCCUCACCAUACUACCAGCUGGUCCCGGGUCACAUGCCCAUCCCGGUGCCUGUGCCCACUGUACCCUCCCUGCCAGCAGAGGGCAGCAAACAGCAACAACAGAGACAGCACCUGCAGCAGCAGUAUCCACACAAACAGCAGCAGUUUCAACACCAACAAGACCAGUACCAGAGAGAAGAGCAGUACCAGCAGCAGCUGAACCAGCAGCAGAAACAGAGGCUGUUCCACCAGCAGCACCAGGUCCCGGUCCAGGUCCAGUCCUCCGGGGCCCAGGCAGAACCUCCCUGUCUAGGCCACAGCUCUCACUACCAGCCCCAGGCUCCUCCCCCCUCCUGCCUGGAUCAGAACCCGGAGCAGCUGACCCAGGAGGAAGGUGGAGGAGGAGGCGGCGGCAUGCUGACCCUCAUCAGAGGAGUCAAACUCAAAAGGACCAUCACCAACGAUCGCUCCGCCCCCCUCUUGCCGGCUCCGGCCAAUCACAAGUGAGGCUGUGGAUCUUCUCAGGGCUGAUGAUGUGAACAUGGACGGCGUCGUCACUCGACGUGUGUCUACGUUUGUUUUCUGCUUCCUUUUAGGCUGUUAGGCUAUGAUGUCACUUCCUGUCGCUGUAACGGAUCUCUUGUGAGUUUUAUGUGUGCGGUUUUGUUGUUGUUUGGGGUUUUUUUUGAUUGCUUGCAUAAAGUUUUGGAUUGAUGAGCCAGUCUUCAGGUGACCGUUCUGUGGCUCGGCUCUAGUCCUGGGUGCGUUUGAUUUGCCUUGUGCCUGAACUCCCGGGAGGUGGGAGGGGUUCAGCUGUGAUGUGGAGCGUUCAGGGUUGUUGAGGUUUGUUUCAGCAGGAAGCAGCGUGAGACACGGACGCUCGCUCUCUCUGAAAACAGCGACACAAGGAAAGACUGAUUUAGCCACUGAGCAAAAGACUUGGCUCAGAGAAUCUGCAUCAGUCUGAGUCCACGAUGUCUUAAGAACACGUUCAUGUCUUUAUCUCACUGUGAGACAGACUUUAACAACAGGAAACUGACGUUUGUAAACCACUCACUCUCCCACACCAAACCUCAUAGACAAAAUCUGUGAUUUUAGCUGCGGGGACACAGGAGCUGCUGGUCCUCUGCUGCCUCGUGUGGUCACUUUGUGUCACUGAGGUCAAUGUGAACAAAGGAUUUUUAAAGCCGAAAUGACAAAAUCAGACAUUAGAACUCAGUGAUGGAGGCAGCAGUGGACCAACAACUCCUCUGUGUUUGGUGUGUGAGAGUGAGUGGUUUACAAACAGUUAGAUAAAGACGUGAACACGGUCUUAAACAUGUCAUAGACUUAAACUGAUUUUAUUAGGCGAGUGUUUUGUUAAGAAGCUAAAAGUGCGCCCUCCACUGGCAGCCGCGUGCGUUUCUCGUGGUUUUGGUCCUGAUCAUCUCACUUUGACUCUGGAAUAAAAGCUUGUAAAUAAGUUAGAACAAACACAGUCUGCUCAACAUUUAUAAUAAACUCACUUUAGUUUAGUUUUUCACCCAAAUUGAAAGUACGAGUCUCUAGCUUUUGGGUUUGUUUGUUUUUUGCUCUGUAGCGCCACACGGUGCCGCUGUUUUUAGAAAAUGUUACCGGGGACAGAAAUCUGGUUUACCAUGUGAAUAACAGUCGGGUUGGCGUGCGUAGAUUUCAAGCUCAGGUUAAUUUCGCCGCUUUUAGAAAGACACUGCCGCCAGACAUGUCACAUGACCGGGCACGUCACAUAACGGGACACGCCCGUGCUCUUCAUCCUCUGCUGAUUGCAGCGACGAACAGCAUGUGAGGUAAGAGACGAUGCGUCAGAGAUUUAAAGUGUGUAAAUUCUGUUUCCUUCUCUGAAGAAUCACUGAAAAUUUGAACAUCAAAACAAACAACGCAUUUAUUUUAUUUUAUUUUAUUGUUUUUUGAAAUUUUACUUCAAAUUAUAUUUAUGUUCCCGGUCGGGCUCCAGUAGCUGGUUCUAUUUGGAUCCCGGUUCACGUCGGUGAAAUAAUAAGUUAAUUUGUUGACGUAAAACCGCAUUCUUCUUGAUUUAUCUUCGUUAAGUUUGCGUUAGCGCUGACAUGUGAUUCGCUGAUCGGGAUUUUUAUUGGUAGGAUUUUAUAUUGGUACUGAUACUGGUACUGCUUAUCGUGAUAAUUAUUAAUACUUCUUUUUAAUUUGGUGCUGAUGACGUCAGAGUGUAGUUCUUACCUCGCCACCAGAGGGCAGUGUAUUCUGUUUAAAUUGGUGGACGGCUGUAAAUCUUUCACCAGGAACUGUGACAUCAGCCCUUUUUUCCCCACAAGUCAUGUUCUGUUGUUUAGACUUCACUGAUGUUCCGUUAGCUUCUUCAGAGUGAUGCUAACAUUAGCUACACUUUAAACCAAUACACUUGUUAGCUUCUUCAGAGUGAUGCUAACAUUAGCUACACGUUAAACCAUAACACUUGUUAGCUUCUUCAGAGUUAUGCUAACGUUAGCUACAUGUUAAACCAUAACACAUGUUAGCUUAUCAGAGUGAUGCUAACAUUAGCUACACUUUAAACCAUAACACUUGUUAGCUUCUUCAGAGGGAUGCUAACGUUAGCUACAUGUUAAACCAUAAGACUUGUUAGCUUCUUCAGAGUGAUGCUAACAUUAGCUACACGUUAAACCAUAACACCUGUUAGCUUCUUCAGAGGAAUACAACAAUAGCCACUCAAGUGCUUGUCUGAGUGUUGGUGUGGCCUCUCACUGAGCAGAGAGCAGGUGCAUGCUGGGUAAUUCUGUCCAGUCUGUUUUCAGAGAACUUUUUCCUCUGUUUCUUUCUUUUCCAGGUUUUUCUGUUAUUGAUGAGACAGAAAUGUUGCCUUCUGAUCAGAGCGUCUGAUAAUCAUUAGAGUGAUUGAUUGAUUGAUUGAUGGAGCCCUCACAGCAGCUGUUUGUGUUUAUUAAAGCUUCUAUUUCCAGGGAGAGACCGUAAUCUAUACUGUACAUGUACAUAAACUAUAAACAUAUGCUGAUUGUCUUUUUGUUGAUUAUUGAUCGGGCGAUGUGAUCAAGUCGUCGCACGUGUUUUAGUUUAUUUUUUAUUUUUUUAUUUUUUUGGAAAAAAAAGCUUUAAGGAGGAAAAACCCAGUGAACUCUGACCUUUGAGGAUCUGAACCCUGAUUGGACGUUGGGGACUAAACGGUUUGCGUGAACCAACAGAAUGUAAAAAUGUUUUGUUCUUCAUCUUUGACGCUCGCUGUGGGAUCAAUAAUUAUAAAAAUAAGUGAUUCAAAGAU